ACAGAUUCCAUAGCUGAUGGCAUUGCAAAUUUAGAGCUGGAAGGAGUAGACCAACAGAUUCAGCAGCCUCGAAUAUCAAAAGCACAGAAGAGGAGGGAAAAAAAAGCUGCCUUGGAGAAAGAAAGAGAAGAAAGGAUAGCUGAAGCUGAGAUAGCAAAUCUAACAGGUGCUAGACAUCUUGAAAGUCAGAAACUUGCCUCCCUAUUGGCAGCAAGGCACUUAGAGAUUAAACAGAUCCCUUCAGAUGGCCAUUGCAUGUACAGAGCUAUUGAAGAUCAGCUCAAGGAUCGCCAAAAUUCCUGGACUGUUGUAACUCUGAGGAACCAAACAGCAAAAUACAUGCAAAGUCACUUGGAUGAUUUCCUGCCUUUUCUUACAAACCCUAAUACUGGAGACAUGUAUAGCAGAGAGGAAUUUGAGAAAUACUGUGAUGAUAUAGCAAAUACAGCUGCAUGGGGUGGUCAGCUGGAACUAAGGGCUUUGUCUCACAUUCUGCAAACACCUAUUGAAGUAGUGCAGAUGGAUUCCCCUCCCAUUAUUGUUGGUGAAGAAUAUUCAGGCAAACCAAUAACACUUGUGUAUAUGAGGCAUGCCUAUGGAUUAGGAGAACAUUACAAUUCUGUAAAACUUCUAACAGAUGCUGCUACAGAAAACAGCAGCUAGCAGUCAUGCAUCCACAUGGAUAAUACUUGCAUUGUGAUGUGUUGGGCUCCCGACAAUUCCCAGACAGACUGGAAAGUGAAACUAAAUGGA